AUGCCACGCCCUCUUUCCAAAUUCCAUAUUAAUGCCAGAAAUAUUUUCCUAACCUAUCCCCAGUGCUCUCUCUCGAAGGAGGACUACCUCCAACAGAUCAUCAACCUCCAGUACCCGAUUAAACCCAUGUACAUAUGGGUAUGCCAAGAGGUACACCAAGACGGCAGCCCGCACCUGCACUGCCUCGUCCAGUUCGAUGGCAAGUUCCAGACGAGGAGCCAGAAGUUCUUCGACCUGGUCUCUCUGACCAGGUCUGCACACUUUCACCCCAACAUGCAGCCGACCAAGUCAUGCUCCGUGAUACAGUCCUACAUUGCCAAGGGUGGCAACUACAUCGACUGGGGAACAUUCUGGCCGCACGGUCAGAACAAGGUCUAUGCGGACAAGAUGUCGGAUGUCUACACAGUUGCGCUUGCCACCAGGGAUAAGAUGAAGGCACUGGAGGUUGUGCAAAAAGGUGACGCAAGAGAUAAUGUCAAGCCCGAGCGGAGCAGGCCCAUGAGCAUCAUUCUAGAAGCCCCUUCACAGACUGGCAAGACUUGCUGGGCAAGGAGCCUGGGCCCGCACAAUUAUUACAUAGGGCACCUCGACAUGGGCCGACAUGAUGACGAUGCCUGGUACAACAUCAUCGACGAUGUGGCCCCCCAGUACCUAAAGCACUGGAAGGAAUUUAUUGGGGUCGACAAAGGCUGGAGUCCAACUGCAAAUACUCAAAGCCAAAGCAGAUCAAGGGGGGAUCCCCUGCAUCGUCCUAUGCAACGACGGGCCCAAGAGCAAUUAUAA